UGUUGUCGUUGGUUGUACUUUUUGUUGGCUUUGUCAAUUGCCUUCGUUGGCAGCAUCGCAGCGGUCGCCCUUCGCAGUUCUCGCCACUUAGUUGCUCCUUGACUGGCCCACACCCGCCCCAAGAUGCCACAGCCGAAGCCGUACGAAAGGCCCGCCGACUUCAUCGAUCCCGGAAAGCCGUCCAAGUGCAAAUGGCACCUGGGGAGCGCGGAAAAGUCGCCCCACACCCAACGGGGCAUCGCUCACCGCCAAAAGAUCACGCCGAACAUCCUCGAGGUGAUCGGGUGCACUCCACUGGUCAGACUGAAUCACAUUCCCGCCAGCGAGGGAGUCGAGUGCGAGAUGUAUGCCAAGUGCGAGUUCCUUAACCCCGGAGGAUCGGUGAAGGACCGCAUCGGCUACCGCAUGGUGCAGGACGCCGAGGAGCAGGGGCUCCUGAAGCCGGGCUUCACCAUCAUCGAGCCGACGUCGGGCAACACGGGCAUCGGCCUGGCGAUGGCCUGUGCGGUCAAGGGGUACAAGUGCGUCAUCGUGAUGCCGGAGAAGAUGUCCAACGAGAAGGUGUCGGCGCUGCGAGCCCUGGGCGCCAGGAUCAUACGGACGCCCACGGAGGCCGCCUACGACUCGCCGGAGGGACUGAUCUACGUGGCCCAGCAACUGCAGCGGGAAACGCCCAACUCGAUUGUCCUGGAUCAGUACCGGAACGCCGGCAACCCGCUGGCCCACUACGAUGGCACUGCCGCUGAGAUCCUGUGGCAGCUGGACAACCAGGUGGACAUGAUAGUGGUCUCCGCGGGAACGGCGGGCACCAUCAGCGGCAUUGGGCGGAAGAUCAAGGAGCAGGCCCCCAACUGCCAGAUCGUCGGCGUGGAUCCCUACGGCUCGAUCCUGGCCCGGCCCGCGGAGCUCAACGAGACCGAUGUGCAAUUCUACGAGGUGGAGGGCAUUGGCUAUGACUUCCCGCCCACCGUCUUCGACGACGGCGUGGUGGACGUGUGGACGAAGAUCGGCGAUCCCGACUGCUUCCCCAUGAGCCGGCGCCUGAACGCGGAGGAGGGUCUGCUGUGCGGCGGCUCCAGCGGCGGAGCGAUGCACGCUGCGCUCCAGCAUGCCCGCAAGUUGAAGAAGGGCCAGCGCUGCGUGGUCAUCCUGCCCGAUGGCAUACGCAACUACAUGACCAAGUUCGUCUCGGACAACUGGAUGGAGGCGCGUGGCUUCAAGGAGCCGGUGAACGAGCACGGUCACUGGUGGUGGGACCUGUCCAUCGAGCAGCUCCAGCUCCCCGCCCCACCGGCCACUCUCAAGUCGAGUGCAACGGUUGGCGAGGCCAUUGCCCUGAUGAGGAAGCAUCGCGUGGACCAGCUGCCCGUUGUGGAUCCGGAUGAUGGGUCCAUUCUGGGCGUGGUGGGCCAGGAGACGCUCAUCACCCAGAUCGUGAGCAUGAACCGCCAGCAGUCCGACCCCGCCAUCAAGGCGCUCAACAAGCGAGUGAUCCGACUGAACGAGUCCGAGACCCUUGGCAAGCUGGCCCGCGUCCUCGAGGUGGAUCCCAGUGUGCUCAUCCUGGGCAAGAGCGCGGCCGGCAAGGAGGAGCUCAGGGCGGUGGCCAGCAAGCUGGACGUGACCACCUUUAUUGCCGCCGGCCAGCAGAUGCACAAGGCCAACGGCACCACCAACGGCAGCAGCCACUAAGCUAUGUCCACGCGUUUUAACUUAUACCCGCAGCAUUUCGUCUUAUGUCCAAUAAAGCACUUUAAUGUACACGAA